CUCGUUCCUUACGUUCCCCACCCCCUCGCCCCCCAGCGCCCCGGACCCCCGGCUCCCGUCUCGUCUGCUCGCAGGGUCCGGCCAUGGGCCCCGCCGCUCGCCCCGUUCUGAGGUCGCCCCCGCCGCCUCCUCCGCCGCCGCCGUCGCCACUGCUACUGCUGCUGCCCCUGCUGCCGCUCUGGCUGGGCCUGGCGGGACCCGGCGCCGCGGCGGACGGCAGCGAGCCUGCGGCCAGGGCGGGGCGGGGCGGGGCCCGCGCCGUGAGGGUGGACGUGAGGCUGCCGCGGCAGGACGCUCUGAUCCUGGAGGGCGUCAGGAUUGGCCCCGAAGCCGACCCAGCACCCACGCUGGGCGGUCGCCUGCUGCUGAUGGACAUCGUGGAUGCUGAGCAGGAGGUGCCGGUAGAAGGCUGGAUUGCAGUGGCAUACGUGGGCAAGGAGCAGGCGGCCCAGUUCCACCAGGAGAGUCAGGGCAGCGGCCCGCAGGCCUAUCCUAAGGCCCUGGUUCAGCAGAUGCAGAGGGCGCUCUUCCUGGGAGCCUCUGCCCUGCUCCUCCUCAUCUUGAACCACAACGUGGUCCGAGAGCUAGACAUAUCGCAGCUUCUGCUCAGACCAGUGAUUGUCCUCCAUUAUUCCUCCAAUGUCACCAAGCUACUGGAGGCACUGCUGCAGAGGACCCAGGCCACAGCUGAGAUCACCAGCGGAGAGUCCCUGUCAGCCAAUAUCGAGUGGAAGCUGACCCUGUGGACCACCUGUGGCCUCUCCAAGGAUGGCUACGGAGGAUGGCAGGACUUGGUGUGCCUGGGAGGCAGCCGGGCCCAGGAGCAGAAGCCCCUGCAGCAGCUGUGGAACGCCAUCCUGCUGGUGGCCAUGCUCCUGUGCACAGGCCUUGUGGUCCAGGCUCAGCGGCAGGCGUCAAGGCAGAGCCAGCGGGAGCCCGGAGGCCAGGUAGAUCUGUUCAAGCGCCGCGUGGUGCGGAGACUGGCAUCCCUUAAGACCCGGCGCUGCCGUCUGGGUAGGGCAGCACAGGGGCCCCCAGAGCCUGGUGCUGAGACUUGCGCCGUGUGUUUGGACUACUUCUGCAACAAGCAGUGGCUCCGGGUGCUGCCCUGUAAGCAUGAGUUUCACCGAGACUGCGUGGACCCCUGGCUGAUGCUCCAGCAGACCUGCCCUCUGUGCAAAUUCAAUGUGCUGGGGAACCGCUACUCAGAUGAUUAGCUGCCGCAGCUGGGUCUCUGCAUGUGGGCAAGGGACCCUCCCGCCUGCACCCUGGCCCUAGGCCUGGGCUCGUGGAACACAACAGCAGAUGGACGGGAAGCUCUGCCAGUGGGAGGAAGGAUAGGGGCCUCCCCUCCUGGGGGGCAAGGCACCCCAUCAUAUUUGUACUGGGAAGGAGGGACCACAGCCCCCAGUUAAGGAUGCAGGGUCUGGACCUGCCAGUCAAGAGGGAGAAGCCACUUUGGGGCCCUUCUCUGCCAUCCUGGCGUGUCUGUGUCUGCCCUUCCCACAGACAGAUCCCAUGACCCUGGGUGGGAACCCUGGAAAGAGGGUGUGGGGCAGCGCAGCUGUUCCCAGGGCUCUGGCGGCUCUCUGACCUGCCUGUCCAGGUAUCCCUGGGGGCUGAGGCUGCAGUGGCUGGCCAGGCUUUAUGCUUAUUUAUUGGGGUUUGGGUUGUGGGAGGAGCUGUCCAGCCUUGGGGACACCUCUUGGUCAAGGCUGUGAUGGUCAACCCAGAGAGGCCUCUCCACUGAUACUGCCCUCAGCCCUUGGACACUGGGAGCUAUGAGUGCUACUGCCUGUCCAGCGGGGUUCCCUUCCCAGGCCUGGCUGGGAUCAGAGGCCUCAAGAGCCAUCAAGUCCUGUGCUUCUUGGCCGGGCUAUAGGUUGCCGCCCAGGAUACUUGAAGCUGCAGGAUAAAUGUGGUGCAUCUUUUAGGGGCAGCCGGUUUUUUUAGAUUUGGGGUAGGGGGGAGGUUUAAUAUUGAAGUAAACAUGGAUAUAUUUUAACAUAAGCUAUCAGAUUUGUGUGGAUGUUUUAAGACAGAAGAGUCACUUUGGGCUCUACUGUGUGGGAGGUGGAUUCUAAAAUGGGCCCCAAGAUCUCCCAGCCCUCCUGAACAUCCCCUGUUAUAAACCUGCAACUAUGAGUCUAAUGGAUUUAAUUCCCAUGAUUAGGUUAUGUUAUAUGGCACAGUUGACUUUAAGGUAGAGAAAUUAUCCAAGAGGGCCUAACCUAACACGAGAGCCCAUUAGAAGCAGAGAGUUUUCUCUAGUUGAUGGAAGAAGAAGAAGUCAAAAGUUGAAGCAGGAAGGGCAUUCAAUGCAUGAGAAAUUCUCUGUUGCUGACUUAAAGACAGAGGGGGCAAGGAAGACAGACAGCCUCUAAGAGCUAAGAGUGGCCCCUGCUGCCAGUGGCCAGCAAAGAAGUGGACCUCAGUCCUAUAGCUGCAAGAAUCGGAAUUCCUCCAACAAUCAGAAUGAGCCUAGGAAUGGGUUCUUUCCCAGAGCUGUCAGAAAGGAAUGUAACCUGGCAGAUAUUUCGAUGUGAGUCUUCUAAGAUCCUGAAUGGAGAACCCAGCCACAGGGCCUGGACUUCUGACCUACAGAACUGUGAGCAGAGGGGAGCUUAGCUGUGACAGGUCCUCCCCCUGGGGCCCAUGCCUCCUACCUCAGGGAUCCCACCCCAAGGGCUGGCUCUCACCUAUAAGGGACAGGGCCAGGGCAUCCCAGGACCGCCGGGCUCCACAGAAGCGAGAGUCGGGCAGACAGUGGCCAUGCCAGUUGAGCUACACACAUGGCCCCUCUCAACCCUUCUCUGUAAAUUGAGGCACACUACGUGCUGGCCUCCUCACCAGGGUAAAAUGUCACAGGAAGCUGAGAGUGCCUACCCUGAGAAGUCCUCAGUAAGGCCUUAGAGCUUAUCCUUCACUGAUGAGGUAACUUAGGGCAGGCUGGAGGCUUCGUGAGGAAAACUGGACCAUGGGCCUGGUGUGGCUGGUAGCAUCUAUGCCCAGGUCUUAGGAGACAGGCCUUGGAAGCCAGGGCUUGCUGGGUGUCUGAUUAGAUGAGGCCUUGCCCUGCCUUCUAGGAAUCCAACCUCCUGGAUUUAGAAAACGCCUACAUUUCUUGAAGGUGAACAGAUCCUCGGUAAAAGGAGGGCUGCCUUUCUUGGGUCCUUAAUGUCCUCAUCCCAGAUUCAGAGCUGGGGCAGGAGGCCCCAGGCCCAGUCUGGGGCUGGGGAAGGCUUCCCUGCCCUCUGCCUGCUUCUGUGAGCCCAGAGCCGGGACCCUGUUCUCUGACACCCUUCUGCCUCAUACAUCCUCACUGGGCCUACCUUGGCAGCUGCUCUCCUUCCCUGACAUACCCCCUACCCUGACCUUGCUCUUCAUUGGUAGGAAUCACCGACUCCACAUCACCCUUUUGCCCUUGCUGUGGGCCUUUCACCUGGCCCAGGUACUGGAGCUUCUUUCUGUCCUUGGUGUGCCCUCUUCUCCCAUUGCCCUGUCAGGACAGAGGCAGGUAACACCCAUUUACUGAGGGCCCACAGUGUGCCAGGCCUCUCCUGGCAGGUGACCUGCAUGACCGGGGACUAGGUGGUCCCUGCCCAGAAAGGGGAAGGAAGGACUCUUCCCCUGGCUCAGCCAGGGCUUUGAGAUCAAGGUUGCUGUGGGCAGAUGGCCAAGGCUUUAUUACAUUGAGUGGGUUGCCAGACACCUGCCCUCUAGCCCCACCCCACAGCAGGCUACGUGGGCCGCUCCUGGGGCUGAUGUGCAGGGCUGGCCUGGCGUUGGCCUGGUGACAGUCUCCUCCUCAGCCUGGCCAAGGCCCGGAUGGGGUUCUGAGCACAGUUGGUCGAGUGGGUCAUGUCCUCCAAGGAGGGCUUGCUGGGCCGGCUGCAGGGCUGCUGAGGUGGGGAUGCCCGCAGCUGGCACGGUAGGGUCCUGCCCGCACUGGCUGUCCUGCUGCUGGGCAGGUGCUGCCUGUCCGGGGGCCUGAGGGAGGACCAGAUGGCAAGAUCCCCUGUGAGUAAGGGGGACCAGCCCACCUAUCUGCCCCACCUCUGGCAAAGCCUUACUCACCCUGGGGAUGCGUUCUGGGCCUGCGCCAGGGGCGCUGCUCCGUGGAUGCCCUUGUUGUGAGGGGCCCAGAGCUGGUCCUGUGGAAUCAGCUGCAAAAAAAACCAAUAUCAGAAAGGCUCAGGAAAUUCUCUGUACUGUUCAGAGAGGGUAUCAUCACCAUGGAGGAGAGGGAGGGCCCAAACCUGUACCCACACCCUUCCUCUGAGGGGCAGGGUUUGGGAAGCCUUCCAGGGCUACCCCACCUGCAGUAAGUGUGGGACGUUUUGCUUUCUGACAAACUCCAGGUUGCACUUGAAAUAAAGGUACCAAGGACUGGAGGGGGAAAUUCGGAGCUCGCAGGCACUGUAACACUCUCAUGCCUGCUUGAAACCUGUGUAAGCCACGUGAUGAGGCAGGCUUUCAACAGGUUCCCAGGGUGGGGUCUGAAGACCUGCCAGUUAGGUACCUCCUCCAAGUCUCCAAGGGUCGUCCCUCUCAGGUUGGGGAGCCAGGAUGCCCACCUUAAGGCCGCCCUGCUGGGCUACUUCCCGGAUUUUGGACAGCAUGGACCGGAGCCGCCCAUUCUCCUCCUGCAGGACCCGGAUGCGGAUGUCGUUGGCCUGCACCUGCCUCUCCAUGUCGUCUGUAACAUUGCCGGAGCCUAUGGAGACAAGCUGUCUGGUACCUCACCCCAACCCGUGGAACAGGACCUCAGAGGGCACACAUGCCAGCUGAGGUAUGGCUUGGGUUGGUGGCCUGGCAAGCACAGGUCUUCAGUGUCCCAUCAGCCCAUGUCACUUGGGACCCACAUUUCCUGACACCCACUGAGUGCAAAGCAGGAAGAACCAAAGCUGGUCCGUUCUGAGUCCUGGCUCUACCUCUGGAUAGCUGUUCAGCUUUGGCAAUUUCCUUAAUCUCACUGAGCCUGUUUCCUUAUCCAUAAAAUAGGGAUAUGACAAGAGUA